UCCUUCCCAGGCGAGGCGCUCCUGAGCGGCCCCAGUCUGGUCUCCCCAUGAACCAGCACCGCCCGCAGAGCCAUUUUCUGGAGAUAGACAAGAAGAACUGCUGUGUGUUCCGAGAUGACUUCAUCGCCAACGUGCUGCCGCCCGUGCUGGGGCUGGAGUUCGUGUUCGGGCUGCUGGGCAAUGGCCUCGCCUUGUGGAUUUUCUGCUUCCACCUCAAGUCCUGGAAAUCCAGCCGGAUUUUCCUGUUCAACCUGGCCGUGGCUGACUUCCUCCUGAUCAUUUGCCUGCCCUUCCUGACGGACAACUACGUCAGGAAGUGGGAUUGGAGGUUCGGGGACAUCCCAUGCCGGCUGAUGCUCUUCAUGCUGGCCAUGAACCGCCAGGGCAGCAUCAUCUUCCUCACGGUGGUCGCCGUGGACAGGUACUUCCGGGUGGUCCACCCUCACCACGCCCUGAACAAGAUCUCCAACCGGACAGCGGCCGCCAUCUCCUGCCUGCUGUGGGGCGUCACCAUCGGCCUGACGGUCCACCUCCUGCGCAAAAGGAUGCUGACCCAGAACGGCCCGGCGAAUCUGUGCAGCAGCUUCAGCAUCUGCAACACCUUCCGGUGGCACGACGCCAUGUUCCUUCUGGAGUUCUUCCUGCCCCUCGCCAUCAUCCUCUUCUGCUCCGCCCGGAUCGUCUGGAGCCUGCGGCAGAGGCAGAUGGACAGGCACGUCAAGAUCAAGAGGGCCAUCAACUUCAUCAUGGUGGUGGCCGUGGUCUUCAUCAUCUGCUUCCUGCCCAGCGUGGCCGUGCGGAUGCGCAUCUUCUGGCUCCUGCGCACGGCGGGGACACAGGACUGUGACGUGUACCGCUCCAUCGACCUGGCCUUCUUCAUCACCCUCAGCUUCACCUACAUGAACAGCAUGCUGGACCCUCUGGUCUACUACUUCUCCAGCCCCUCGUUCCCCAACUUCUUCUCUGCGCUCAUCAACCGCUGCCUCCGGAGGAGCCCAGCAGGUGAGCCAGAGAACAACAGGAGCACCAGCGUGGAGCUCACCGGGGACCCGAGCACCGCUCGAAGCGCUCCGGACGCACUAAUGGCUGAGCCCAACGGGCCACGGAGCCCCUCCUACCUGGUCCCAAAUCCUCGUUAGACGGUGGUUCCGAGGAAGGAGACUGUCGGCAAGAAGCGAGAUCUCUGGAGAGACACAGGGCUGGCGCACAGGGCGCUGUGGCUGGACUUGGCUUGAGGCUUCCUGCAACUUCCACACUCAGAGACUCAGAUUUGGAGAGACGGCAUGGUCCUGUGGGCAGUGCGGUUGUGAGGUUCAGCCACAGACAUUGCGAGGGAACAGAUGGCAAACUUCUGGGCAUUCUGCUCCGCCUCCGGUCCCUGCAGCACUGGAGAUGGGCGAACUGUCCAGGUCUCUGCUGGGCAGAGCUGGAGCCCCAGGGCUGCCCCUGGGGGUCUGUGGCUUGGCGGCCUCCUUCCUUCGCCUGCCUGAGACUUGGACGGUUCUCAGCUCCUGGGGUGACGCCUCGCCUGUGUGUGAGCUCCAGCAGAGGCAAAGAGGGCUAACAGACUGGAAGGGACGGACGUGGCUCCUGGUAGAAGCCCAGGGCAUCACGAAAAAGCCCUUAGGUCACCUUACACUUUAGUAGACACGGAGCAGGCAAGGGGACUCAUAAAUUUUGGAUAAUAUCUGAGUUUCCAGCUGUGGUGACAAGGGGAUUAGCCCCAGGAGGGACCGAGCCAAACAGUGUUAUUAGCGGAAAGGAAGUGGUCUUUGUGCUACAGCCAGGCAGGAAUCCGGAUCCUGGAUCCAUUUCUCUCCCGUUUACACUAACGUGAGGGCUGAGCAGUUAAAAGGCUUCGGAUGAAAGCUGCUUCUGUUUGCUUAGGACAUUAACGGGGAGCCGCCCCGGGGUGCCAGGGGCAAGGUUCCUUCUGGCUCACUUGCUUGUGUUUCUGUAUUUAAAAGAAAUUGACCAUUUCAAUAAAUUUUGA